GAUGGACGGUGAUGUUGUUGCUUGAGGUUGAUAUACAGCCCGUCGUUGGAAAGGUGUGUUGUUCAUCAGCGCCAGAGGUAUUAAGGUGGAUGGGUACCCCCCAGUCCACACCAAUACGGCCGUGGCUCGCUCGGUUGGACUCUCCGCCUAAAACAACGCGCUUACGUGAUGUUAGUUUCAUUCCUACAACUUCGCGAACCGCACCUACUUCUGGACAGCUCAAUUGGUCAGUAGUGUCACAAAUCCUUGAAUUGAUUCAAUUCAUCUAAAAAUAGAUUAGCAACGGUCGAAAAUUGUUCCUGAAAGGAAAGCAUUUCAGUCGUACCGCGUGUCGCCAGUGAGUGGAAACCAGGGAAAGUUUAUUGAAAUCAGUGGAAAGCGUCGAAGGUGAUACGCCCCAACAGAUUCAAAUUUUGCGUCGAAGACGCGAGACGCAUGAAGCAGCUUCAUUUUCUUCGACUGUGCUGGGGAAUCAUUACGGCGACGCGCAUGAAGGUGUCACUGCCAGCCAACGUUCAGUCUUACUCAUGAAACCAGAUGCGAACAGCGCAGUGUUUGCUCUACCAUCGUCAGUAGUGUGUGCUUUGAUGCAAAAGAGUGUCUCCCAAGGGUGGGUGUUUCUUGGAAAACGGUGAAAAGUGCAAUUCAAAUUUCGAAUAUAAUGUAACGAAAUAAUUAGAAGAAAAAAUUUCAAAUCAAAACCGUGUCGAAAUCGAAACAAAACGAAGAAACGAAUCGCGAUCAUGAAUCGAAAAUCCACAGACAGUGAUAUCAACUUCAAUUCGAAACGACCCAGCGUGGAUCGAGGUAGCGUGGGAAUGCGGCUGUGCUGGAAGAAUCGGUGGAAGCCCAAGUGUCUGAUGGCGAUGCUUUUGGUUAUGGGCAGUGCAAUGGUUACGGUUGUCCGGUGUCAAGAAUUUGGUGAAAGCUAUUUCGAUCAUCCGGAUCGUGAUUUUGAGCAUGUGGCGGUGGAAAACAAAGAAGUUAUAACAAAUCAUAUACCCACCAGUGAUCACGGCGGGGGAGGCGGAAUCAGUGGUGACGAUGAGUCACGUUAUCAGUUUGAUAGUGUGCCGGGGUCGGAUACGGCGGUGCAUUAUACGGAAAUUUCUGGAGAUGUGGUGUUGGGUGAGAAGCACCUGAGGGCAUCGGAGAGCCCCUAUUCGUUGCUGACGGAUUUGGAAGUCGAGCGAAAGGCGAGAUUGAUCGUUGAACCGGGAGUAACGAUUUAUGUAGCGCCGAUGGUUGGAAUUACUGUGCGAGGUUCCCUGGUGGCAUUGGGUACUUCGGAGAACAAAAUUACGUUUACAUCGUUGCCCAAUUCCGGCUACAAAGAUAUUGAAUCUGAUCCACGAGAAGUAGGUGCUCGACUUGUGGACGGGCCGAACCCCCUGGCGGGUAGGCUACAGUUGCUAAAUCAGGGAAAAUGGCGAUCGGUUUGCAGUAAUUCGAAGAAUUGGACCAUUGCCGAUUACGAGACCGCUUGCCGUCAGAUGGGUUACAAAGGUGGUCGCUUCUGGAACUGGGUGGAUCGGAUACAGAACUUCGAGCCACGGUUACUGUUCGAAGAUCCCAAAUGCGGAGGCACGGAAGCUUCUCUGUUCGGUUGUUCCUGGGAGACGCGUCAGGUUGGGUCCGGGGUGUGCGAUUAUCAUAGCGACAUCGGAAUCCAAUGCUUGCCAUUGUUCGACCAGGUAACUCCCCACUGGCGGGGUAUUCGGUUCGAGUAUGCUGAAAGUAAGGAAAAACUGGCCCACAAUCAUAUCCUGUAUGAUUUUAUUUCGCUGUCGGAGCUGAGAAACGUCGACAUCAUACGAGCUGGUACCGGACGGGGAGGAACUGCCGAAGCUGCCAUCGCCGUGUUGGGAAUACCGCCAGUAUUGGAUCACGUUGUAGUUGAUCAUGCAUCAUACACAGGAAUAAACGUCACGAAGCACGAUGCAGCGUUCAUGUUCAAAGAUAUAACGGUACGGCGGAGUCGAGGAUUUGGAAUUUUCGUCAACUCAAGUUAUGGAUCUACGCUGCUGGACAGCGUUACAGUGAGCGAAAACGGCGCCGACGGGAUCCGAUACGUUGGUCACGAUCUGCGAGCUGAUGAACGCAUCGAUCGCAGCAAAGUAUUCGACUUCUGCACUUUGACGACUACGGCUUGGCAAAUUUAUCCUCUACAGCUGUCAUUCGAACAAUCACAAUUUGCUCUAUCACAAAAACAGUGCGCUCAAUCUCUAACGACCGGAUACGGACAUGUUCUUACGUUCCACUUCGUUUACUUCGAGAUGGUCCGUAACGAAAGUGCAGUCAUUCAAAUCUACGAUGGGAUGUCAGAAAAUGAUCGCUUAUUGGCAUCGUGGAAUAUCCGCAACUCAACACGGCCUCAGACGGUAACCACAACCCGAGAGAAAAUGCACAUUAGGCUCCGCGCGGAUCCCAGAAGUCGUGUAUUAGCGCACUUCCGAGUCACUGCCGGCGUUUCGAAAGCGUACGAUCUUAAUGUAACGCAAGCUACCAUAGUUGACAAUGGCGGUCGUGGCAUAGCGGUUGAUAAUCUACGGUCGAAGGUGCAUGUGCACGCAUCAACGAUUUCGAACAAUAAACACGCCGCCGGUUUGCACGUAACUAGCGGAGCAGGUGAUGUUAAUGUGACAGAUUCCAAGAUUAGCUUCAAUGUUGGUGAUGGAAUCAAUAUAACGUACUACGGAGGAAACCGGAACAUUUCACGCAGUUCGUUGAGUUCCAAUAAAGGAUACGGUUUUGCGGUUUGGUUGAAUCAGACUACCAAAGAACGCCAGGAGUUUUUGGAAUUUAACCAAACUACCACCAUUGAAUACUCCAACAUCAUCAAAAAUAUGGAAGUGGGCAUUCUCCACGGCAACUACUGUGGAGAUUCUUGGGUGAACAUUACCGGCAACUGGUUCAACGACAGUUCGCACAACGCAAUCGACAUCCAAUCGUGUUGGUUUGAGACAAUAGAGAACCGAAAACUGCGACUUCAAAUUGGGCAUAAUAGCUUCGAGCAUUCAAACAAAAUGGGUAUCGUGAUCAGCCCUAUUCUCAACUUGGACGGAAAAAUCGAGUACAAUCAGUUCUUAAAGGGGAAAUACGGAGCGCUGUUAACUAGAAACAAGCCUUGGGAAGAAUUUCGGGCGCUUCCGGUACGACUGAUCGUUCAACACAACUACUUUAUGUAUAAUAGAGGCAUCUACGUUGUUUCUUUAGGGUUGUCUCCUAAUUCGGAUGACAAAACCCAGUGGUUGUUGUUCACUAGGAACUUUGUGAAGAACAAUAGAAUCAAGGAAGCUUUUGGACCCAUGGAAGACGAAGGCGAAGGUAUAGGUGGUGAAGGCAGGUUAAAUCCUCGAUCGCGGGUUGCCGCCCCGGUCGUCAUUUCUUCCAACAACGUGGAUGUAUUUCGUAACAUUAUUUCAAAUUAUGAAUCGAAUUACGAAGUUGGUUCGCAGCUGUCGGAUCAAAGCAUGGCCUUGAAUGUUACGUACAACUGGUUGGGAUACCAAGAAGAGGAGAAAAUCUAUGAACGGUUGUUUCACCGAAAGGAUCGUUACGAUCUCGCGAAAAUAGAAUACUUUCCAUAUCUACUGCAUCACUCCAAUCCGGGCACUCAGACUAUUGCUCAGUUCGCAAAAUUUGUUCCAUUUUUCCAUAAAGAAGGAAGCGAUCGCGUCGGUGGAGAAGUCGAUGGUCAGGAGAUCUUACCUUCAGGUAGUUAUACUGUUGAGCGUGACAUCAAUGUGCGGCCUGGAGGCAAGUUGAUUCUCAACCCAGGGGUUAUAUUGAAUUUCGCUCCAAGUGUCGGGAUGAUGGUAACAGGAAAACUGGAAGCUCGGGGGCGAAAACCUGAUGAUAUCCUGUUCACACUGAAGCGUGAAGCCGUUAUGAUGGAAAAUGAUACGACAGAGGCUAUUAUGAUGGACUCUGAAGUGAUGAUGGACAUUGAAACCGAAUCAAUUAUUGAUCUUGGACAUAUAGAUCCUCAGAUCCCGAAGGUUCCCGUUAGAUUGCUUGGCGGUGCUAGUGAUCAUGAGGGAAGAUUGCAAGUCUACACUGAAGGUCAAUGGGGAACGGUGUGUGAUUACGGUUGGACUAUAAUCAAUGCUGCUUUGGUUUGUCACCAGCUUGGAUUGGCACUAAAUCCAAGAGACUGGAGACUACAGCGAUCGGAGGUCCCAGGAGCAGGUACGACGGAAAAUGUUCUACUGUCGAAUGUUCGCUGUACUGAGCAUGAUAUCGAUAUAACGCAAUGCCGAGCUGAAAAAUCAUCUCAGGGAGAUUUUGAGAACUCUUGCAGCCAUGAGAAUGACGUGGGCGUAAGAUGCUACGAAGGGGCUUGGGCAGGAUUGCGAUUUGGAGUACUUUCUGAAAGAGCCGAUCUGCAGUACGUAACGAUAGAAAAAGCUGGAUUAUUCGAUUACAUGACCAACAUGUUCAAACCAGCACUUCAAAUGGAUUUGUCUCGGCAUAAUUUGGACAGCAUCCGAGUUGUUGAGAAUCUCCAGGAUGGAUUGGGGGUGAUAUAUUCCGAUAUAUACGCUGGAUCGGUGAACACUAUUAAGAACUCGGAGUUUGCUGCAAAUCGUGGAAAUGGCAUAAGUAUUAAACAGUUAGGAUUAAAGAUACAUGGAAGUAUAAUAAAGGAUAACAGAGGAUCUGGAAUUAAUCACGAUGCUGUGAUAUCUGCUCUUGAGCAACGUGAGAUUACGAGUUGGUUCAACAUGGUUCCAGAUUUUAACGUUGAUGAUUCCGAUUAUAGACCAAUUAUGCUUCCGCGGGAUUCUCAGAACAUCGAUAUCGAUCAGUGGCAGAUUAAGCACAUAAUAACACUCCCUGUGCAUGACGAACCCGUUGACAAAUUGAUCACGAUCCGUUGUCAACCAGGUUACGUGAUUGGCAUUCAGCUUUUGAACCCCAUAGAAAAUAGAUCCACAGAAAAUAUUUGGAUUUAUGACUCGUUAGCUGGAAGUUCUAACUCUGAUAUUUGGCAAGUUAAACGAGAUGUUUCCGUAUUUCCACUUACAACUAGUAGUUACGGUGCUAUUCUGCAGUACAAAAGCGGACACAAUGCAAUUGGUGGAGCAGUUCUGAUCCUGCGUUCUAUCCAAGCACCAAUCCAGAACAUUUACAACCGAAUUGUACGAGGACCAGUGCCAACUUUGCAGAUCACGUCAACCAAAAUCCAAAGAAACUUCCGAGGUAUCACAGGAAUCUACUACAAUCGUUUCCUGGGCGAAAAAAGUGAGCUUUAUCUACGGAAAGCAAACGAAUCCAUUAAAUUGAUCAACUGUGAGAUCAGUCACAAUCGCGAGGAAGCUAUGUUCAUCAACUCGCCCUUCUGGGACGUACACGAAAGUAACAUCUCAGAGAUAACAAUCCACGUCAAUAACAGUAUAAUUCGUGACAACGGACGGGGUAUACGACAAUUUUCAAAAGAUCUGCGGUCGUCUAAUAAUCUGUUCCACUACGUUCUCCAAGAUACAACCGUCGAAAGCAAUUCACUUGGAGGAUUUGAACUCAGUCUGCCGUACGUAUGGCAAUACAAUGAGAAUUUCACCCAUUCAGUGUAUCUGGGAAACGAUACUUGGGUUCGGAAUCGAAAGUUUGGAAUUAUCAUAGAUGGUCACUACGCGGUGGUAAACAUUUCGUCCAACAUUUUUAUGGAUAAUGUUUGUGCCCAUGGGCUGAUCGGGUUCAAAGGAAUGGAGAAGAAAAUGCGAAUCGAUAACAAUCGAAUAGUCAAAAAUUCCGGAAAGUAUUUGCUAGAGUUCCGUUCCGACAGUCAGAGUGAGAUCUUAGGUGAGAUUCCGGCAAUCGUAGCAUUCAAUAAUAUUGAGGGUAACGAGAAAGUGGUGUCCACGAGGUCAGAGAUGCGGAAUUUCAUUCGAGGUGAUCGAGGUAAUGCAAAGGAUCCCACGUGUGUCAUCGGCUUUGGAGGUGUUCAGAAGGUGAAAAUUUAUCGGAACGUGAUUUCAAACAAUGAGCAGGACUAUGAUCUGAUUGCGGGAAUCAAAUCUGCCCGGUUGCAUAAUUUCCUAGACGUUCGGGAGAACUGGUGGGGAUCGCAGGAUGAGGAGCACAUCAACAAACGUAUCUUCGACUUUGACGAUUGGAACAAUCAUGCUGAAGCGCAAUAUAGACCGUACCUGAUUGAGGAUAGUGUAGAUGGAAGUGUUUCGGUCGUGCAUUCAAAAAAUAGAUCCGUUGAUUUGGAUAACUUGGGAGGAAGAAUUUUUGAAGACCUUUCGAUAUACAGAAGAGAUGUGCCAUACGUGAUCAAAGCGGAUAUUACUAUAAUGCCUGGAGUAACGAUGAACAUAUAUCCAGGAGUCGUAAUGGAGUUUGCUCCAAAUGUGGGUAUUUUAUCGUUGGGCACAUUGAUUGCUCGUGGAUCCCGUGAUGCAGAGAUCAUUAUGAAACCCAUCCAGAGUGCGUCCGAAAACAUGAAUCGUGUGGAACGAUCCCUAGAGAAUAUGGUAAAUUACGACUCUAUUCGACUGUGCACCAACAGGAAUUGCUCUGGCAGCGAACAUGAGAAUGAGAACAUUCGAGAAGGUUUUCUUGAGUACUACAACCACACCACUCUUCAGUGGAUCCCGAUUUGCGACCGCAGAUUUACUGAACGAAAUGCGCAAGUUGUUUGCCGAGAACUGGGAUAUGAUCCACUGGAUGUGUUCUUUGGUCACGAUCGUCGAAUUGAGUUCCACACAAACUCGUUGACCCGAAUUUGGUCUUGGGUUGAACCAAUGGAAUGUCAUGGCGAUGAAUUACGUCUGGAAGAGUGUCCUGAAAGAUUGAACGGUCAACUUUAUGGACGACGACAUGUUUGCCAGUGGGACUCUGCUUUUGUAUUCAUCAGCUGCAAUGGAGAACCGGAGGAGAAAAAUUAUUGGGGUGGAGUUCGAUUUGCUAACCAGGAUUUUGAAGCCAGCUGGUACGAGCACAGAGUUCACGAUGCAAUCACUCAUGCAUCCACGAGACGCGUGGAAAGUGUUAUGGAAUUUGUGAAGCUGGAACGAGCUGGAAUGUUGCACGGCGAGAAAUCCCCAUCGAUACAGACGAUUUCGAAAAAUCCAAGUAUAAGCUUUGUGAACAUUAGAAAUAGUGCGCAUCAUGCAGUGAAUCUGGUAUCGCCAAGUGCUGCCAUCCAUCUGAACUUUUUGUCCAUUUACAAAGCGUUGGGUCAUGGAGUUAACGCUAUCUCAUUGACGGGAGAAGGCCGCGAAAGUGAUGAAUCGAGUUACAAUCCUUUGAAAGAUCUGGAUCUUCCAUACAAUUUGUUUUCCAUGAUUGAUAUCUGUGAUACGAACAAGGAGAUAACGUUGGAGGAACGAGUUCUCGUGUAUUAUAAGUACGACAAUAAUCCGGUGAAUUGCGUAAAGAUCUUCAAAAGUGCCUAUCGGGUUAAACCACUUGGCUUCCGAUUGCUGCAGUCAAACUUGUUCAACCAUUCUAAGGAAUAUGGCCGAAGAGAUAUGAUCCAGCUGAUGGAUGGUGAUAUAUACAACGUUUCUGCAAAGCUGAUUGGACUUGUGGACGCAGAUUCCGGAAAUCAAAAGAAGUUGUUCAAAACAUACGAGCCUGCGUUGAGUGUUCGGUUGAUUGCUAGUGGAGCACCUGCGAAGCAUGGUUUCAUUGCAGAAGUUGUAACACUGCCUAUUUCAGCUAUUGGAUUUAAUCGUGAUGCCCAGCAUAACAUUUCGAACUCCGAUAUCCAGGAGUGCGUUGGAGGAGGACUGCAUUAUGUAACUGUGGGUGAAGUAUCACCAAUCUUAACGUUGGAAAGAAAUCGCUUCAUACGGAACUGUCGUCAGCUGUACGGAAACUUCUCAUCUUGUGAAGCUACCAUUCGGGCUGAUGUGCAAAAUAUGCAGUCGUUAUAUUUCAGAAAUAAUCUCGUCCAAGAAAAUCAGGGAGGUCUAUCCAUACGAGCGGAUUCUCGAGGAUCAGCCACAUCGCUUCGCGGCUGGAUUCAUAACAACCUAUUCGUAAGGAAUCGUAAUCGACCCGCACUGUACGUGGAGGGUCGACAGUCGUCUCCGUAUCAGGAAGUUACCGUUCAUAAUAACUACAUCACUCAAAACGAUGCCGCCUUCAAGGACGUGGUCGUGUUGCGUCAGGUGGUUUCAAACUUCAGCCACAAUUACGUUCACAGUAACAAGGGCGGUAGAAUAAUCGAAGUGUCCGGGUUUGAUAGAGUUCGUUUACCAAUCUAUCAGACAACUUCGCAUAAUGGAUUCUAUGACAAUACUGCAACUGAUUGGAGCGGUAGAGCGACGAUCGUAGCAGGGACGGCAGGGCAACAUUAUGUGGACAAUAUUUUUGCGAAUCCGGAUAAUGACUACGAAAUGAUCACCGUCAAUCGUUCAAUAAUUGACUUCCAGUAUUGGAAUAGUACCCUGGACGUUUGGAAAACGAAGAUCGAUGCUACGCUGAACUACUGGAGCUAUAACGGAACCUUAGCAGUCGGAUCCCGUAUUCGCGAUCGCUUCGACGAUCCCCAACUGCUGGAAGUACAAUAUCUGCCUCUGCACAUGAACAACCAAACCGUGCUGAACGGCAAAUGCCCACCCGGAUGGACGCUACUAAUCGAUACCUGCUACAUGUACGUCGGAGCGCCAAUGAGUUUCCGUGAGGCACGUGACUUCUGCCGCUCCGACAAUGCAUCACUGCCGUUUAUCCACGGUGACUAUAAUGCUCUGUGGUUCUUCCUGGAACAGCAAUCCCGCUACUUACGUUCGGCCGAGAAGGUUUGGAUUCAGCAUCCCAACUACAUCGACCAGUGCACUUCGUUCAUCUACCGAAAUGUGGAGAUCGAGGAAUGUUAUGAGCGGCAUGCAUUCCUGUGCGAGAUUGAUCCCAAGGUUGAAAUUGAUCCUUUGUUCUGGAAAGCGGAUGCCGUAGCAAUUGGAAUGAUUACAGCGUUGAUAUUGGUGCUGCUGAUGCUUCUUUGCAUAUGCUUUUGCUGGGUUUUCAAAUCUCGCUACCGACAAACCCAAAGAUUGCAACGGCGUAACAGCAUUCGGCAAAGCUUGCGCAGCCUCAACAGCAUUGAUCCACAGGGAUCUAUUCGCAGAAGAAAUUUCGUCGUUUCACGUUCAACGGAUACACUUAAAUCUGUCACCACUGGCACGACAGAUUACAAAAAGAUGACCUCCAAUGGUUCGAUAGAAUCCGUUGACAAGAGCGUGCUCAGCUCGGAAACCAACUACGAUAUGUAUGACAAGCAGCAGUACAGUAACGAAUAUACGGAUCAACUGAAAAGCCAAAUGGGAUACGGUGAUGGCACUACUAACGGAGGCUCCGAUUUUUUGCAGCAUUCUAACGAUAGCCCUACACGCAACAAAGUAUAUGGUUUGCCGGACUACAGUUCCCAUGGGGGGAGCACCGCUUUCGAGCUUGCGUUCAGGAACGAAGGCUUCCGAGAUACUUCAACUACAUAUUCCGGAGUCACACGAAACAAUUCCAUCAACACGGCAAUCAAUGAAGAUACGCCAAUAAUUCAUCACCAGGGUGGCGAUACCGACGAAAGUGGUCCCGACUUCUACGGUGAUUCGAGCACACUGCCGAUGCGAGUAAAAGGCGACAAUCUAUUGUUCCUCAAUGAGCUUAAAAAUCGCCUGCCAGAGUACGCACCAUUACCACCCAGUAACGGCCAUAGCAGUUUCCUGCCAGCUCCUCCGGAGCCGCCUUCUAGUAAUGCAACUCAGCUGAGCUCAAGCACACUGCCAUACGAUCAGAAGAUUGAUCGCCUUAACUUCAGCGCUCCUCAUGAGUACCAACAACCAUCCAUUCAAGUCCGGAGGCCUGCGCCGUCCACGCCCAGCAUCGAUGCCCGAGAAAUUCGACGUCCCGAUUCCUACAUGAAGGCAGUUAAAAAGUACGCCACUCCUGGGCGGGAACGAGAGUCUAUCAUUCCUCCACCACGCGUCGAUGGUAAUGGCAGCCGUAGGCCUAGGACUGUAUAUGAAGCGUCACCAGAGCAGGAACAGCAACACGCUCCACAGCGGUCCAACUACGCUCGUUCACGCUCCGAAGCGCUGCUCGAAACUAACUUUGACGAAGCUUUGGCACCGAUGCCGGCUAUGCUCAGUUCAGAUAGUCGCAGCUAUUCUCAACCACUCGAGACUGCUAUGUAAGAAAUCGUUAACAAAUAUUGUACAGAUAUCUAUAGACCUGCACUGAAGUCGAAUCCAUCGAAUAGGAAACAUAUAAAUAAUAGAAAGUCGUCUUAGCUGAACCCAUUUCGGCCAAAGUUUCAACAAAGGGAGCUAUGAAGAAAAAAAUAAAAUUAAAUAGGAAACAUUUAUGUUUGGUUUGAUGGUGAGAUGAAAAGCUAUCCAACAUAAUGAAAAACCGGGAGGUGAAUCCGUACUCUGUGCAUUAGUCGAACUCAAGUGUCUUUGCUUGUUGAAUACGUUUAAAUAUUUGUAUAUAAAUAGCAAUAGAAACAUAGAGUAGAAAACGAAGCGAAAUGAUCCAGGUACAAUUUGUGAUUGUCCUCGUGAUAGAUUAACAAACUUUACGUUGUAGAAGUAUUUUACAAUCAAAACGACAACAAUAUACGCGUUUAUUUCAAACAUCACGAUCGUAUCGUGUUAGAUGACCAGCGUAAACAAGAAGCA